UCCCUCCCUCCCUCCCUCCUCUCUAUUAUUGUCUUUCUCUUAAUCCUUUGCUUUUUCUUCUUUUGUUUUCUGAAAUGGGUUUCUGGUGUCAGCAUGGGAAGUAGCUGCUAAUUCAGUGCACAGGAUCAAGCAGGAGAAAGAAGAAGAAGGAAGAAGAAGAAGGUGUUUGUGUUUCUGUUUUUGUGUGUGUGGGGUGAUCAAGAAAAAGAGAGAGCAAAAUGGAGUAUGGUAGCGGAGGGAGUGGUGGGUCCCCAGGGGAGCACCACCAUCACCACCACAAUCACAACGACGCUUCUUCUUCCGAGCGGAGGAAAAAGCGCUACCACCGUCACAGUGCGAAUCAGAUUGAAAGGCUUGAAAGGGUGUUCAAGGAGUGUAAUCACCCAGACGAGAAGCAGAGAUUGCAGUUAAGCAGAGAAUUAGGCUUGGCUCCAAGGCAGAUCAAAUUUUGGUUCCAGAACAGAAGGACCCAGAUGAAGGCGCAUGGAGAGAGAGCAGAUAACUGUGCACUGAGGGCAGAGAAUGAUAAGAUACGUUGCGAGAACAUAGUCAUAAGGGAGGCCCUCAAGAACGUUAUCUGCCCCUCUUGUGGUGGUGGCCCCUCCCUCAACGACGAUUCCUAUUUCGAUGAACAAAAAUUGAGACUUGAGAAUGCCCAACUAAAAGAAGAGCUUGAUAGAGUGUCUAGCAUUGCGGCUAAGUACAUUGGAAGGCCAAUUUCACAGCUCCCACCAGUUCAGCCAAUUCAUAUAUCCUCCCUUGAUUUGACCAUGUCGAGUUUUGGGGGCCACGCCGGGUUCGGCGGCGGCCCCUCCCUCGACCUUGACCUCCUUCCGGGGAGUUCCUCGGCUAUGCCGCCGCAUGUGCCUUACCAGCCGGCUUGUCUCUCGGACAUGGACAAGUCUCUAAUGUCAGGCAUUGCCUCUAACGCCAUGGAGGAAUUGCUGAGCCUCUUGCAGACCAAUGAGCCGUUGUGGAUGAAAUCAAGUGAUGGGAGAGAUGUUCUUAAUUUUGAUGCAUAUGAUAGGAUGUUUCCAAAGGCUAAUAGUCACUUGAAGAACCCCAAUGUUAGGAUAGAAGCUUCUAGAGACUCUGGUGUUGUUAUCAUGAAUGGCCUAACCUUGGUUGACAUGUUCAUGGAUCCAAGCAAGUGGAUGGAGCUGUUUCCCACAAUUGUAACGGCUGCAAGAACAAUUGAAGUUAUAUCUUCUGGGAUGAUGGGGGGUCAUAGUGGUUCUUUGCAAUUGAUGUAUGAAGAGUUGCAAGUGCUGUCUCCACUUGUUUCAACAAGAGAAUUCUACUUCCUCCGUUAUUGUCAGCAAAUUGAGCAAGGUCUAUGGGCAAUAGUAGAUGUUUCCUAUGAUUUUCCACAGGACAAUCACUUUGCUCCGCCGUUCCGAUCUCAUCGCCUUCCUACCGGUUGCUUCAUUCAGGACAUGCCUAAUGGAUACUCCAAGGUUACAUGGGUUGAACAUGUAGAGAUCGAAGACAAAACUCCGGUUCAUCGUCUUUUCCGGAAUCUUGUUUAUAAUGGAAUGGCAUUUGGAGCUCAGAGAUGGCUUGCUGUGUUGCAGAGGAUGUGUGAAAGAUUGGCUUGUUUAAUGGUAACAGGAAAUUCCACCAGGGACCUUGGAGGAGGUAAGNNNNGCAUGAUGAGGCUAGCACAAAGAAUGGUAACCAAUUUUUGCGCGAGCAUUGGCACGUCGGCCGGCCACAGGUGGACCACACUGUCCGGGAUGAAUGAGAUUGGUGUCAAGGUCACUGUCCACAAGAGCACAGACCCCGGUCAACCUAGCGGCGUGGUGCUGAGCGCCGCCACCACCAUUUGGCUCCCUCUCCCUCCACAAACCGUCUUCAAUUUCUUCAAGGACGAAAGAAAAAGACCACAGUGGGAUGUUCUUUCUAAUGGCAAUGUACAAGAAGUUGCUCAUAUAGCAAAUGGUUCACACCCUGGUAACUGUAUAUCUGUGCUUCGGGCAUACAACACAAGCCAGAAUAACACACUGAUACUACAAGAGAGUUGCAUAGAUCCAUCAGGCUCCAUAGUAGUAUACUGUCCGGUUGAGCUUCCAUCGAUCAACAUAGCAAUGAGCGGCGAGGACCCGUCGUAUAUCCCCCUGGUACCGUCAGGUUUCACGAUCACCCCCGACGGAAACCACCACGAUCAUCAAGGAGGUGGUGACGGGGCAUCCACAAGCUCAACCCCAAGCAGAAGCAGCAGCACCAUGGUGGGAAUGAGAUCCGGCGGGUCACUGGUGACGGUUGCAUUCCAAAUACUAGUGAGUAGCUUGCCAUCUGCAAAGCUCAACAUGGAGUCUGUAGCAACUGUUAAUAACCUCAUCAGCACCACUGUUCAGCAAAUUAAAGCUGCUUUGAAUUGUCCUACUUCCUGAUAGAUGCACCCCUCAAAAAAAAUAAAAAUAAAAACAGAAAAAGGUCCUUUAUUUUAAUUUACUACCUCAUCACCUAUAGUCUUUUUUUUUUAACCCCUUUACUACUACUACUACUACCAUCUAUAUCCUUAAAUAUGGUUAUCAGAAAUGGUUCAGAAACUUUCAGAGGCUCUCUCUUAUUUUGUUGUGGUGGUAAUCAAUGUGUAGAAGGGAGUGGUGUUCUUCUCUUAGGAGGGGUUAGUUGAGGGACUUGAAUGCCCUCUCAUCAAAGAAAGGCUCUCAUUAUUUACUCCUGCUGCUGUUGCUGCUGGUGUGUGCUGGUAGGAGCUGCUUCUGUUUUUUUUUUCAGUUUUUUUUUCCAAGGGAUCAUCAAAGGCUGGUUGGCGUCAUUAGUUACAUUAUUUCACACCAACUACCAUAUUUUCAAGUUUCAGUUCCUUUAAUUUGAUUGGAGGGUUUGUGGGAAAGGUACUUUUAUUUUAUUUUAUUUUAACUUCUUUUUCUUCUUUCUUUAUUUUUACUUUUGGGUUUGAUUAUUUGCACAUUAGGUUUGGAAAAAGAAAAGGGCGUUAUUAGUAGUAGUCUUGUUAGAAGAGGGAGUCAAGAACGCACCAUACUUUGGUCUUUUUUCUUUCAUUAUUAUUAUUAUUAUUCUCUACAUUCCCAGAUUAUUACUGUUAGCUAGCAUCAUAUAUCAUGGAAAAUGUUGUAUGGUUCGGGCAUUGACUUCCUGUUCAGAGAC